CGUCUAUCUUCUGAUAAUUUGAUCUCUGAUUAGGUGUAUGAAUAUUUGUUGUUUUUUGGAGUUUUAAUGGGAUUAUUUGUUGUAACUGUUGGGGAUAUGAUGCGUUUGGUUUAGUGGGAGUUAUGGAGUUUACUUGACAUUGAUUUUGGGUAUUUGAGUAGAAAGCUGAUGCGGAUGCAGAGAAAGAGGGUUUUUUUAUUGUUUCUAGAGAUUUUGGGGAAUAACAAGGUGUUUAUUGUGGAUUGUGGCACUGGCUCAAUCAAUUGAAGUAUUUUGUGUUCUUUAGCCUUAUAUUGGAGUAGUCAAGAUGUUUGAUUGUGGAUACAAGGCGCAAUAUAUGGAUGGCCAGAGGGAAAAAUUCUUGAGGCUGGAAGAAUCAAGCCCAAUGUCCUAUGCUUCUGAUAGGAGCAGAACAACCAAGUGUGGAUUUAAUAUUGAUGGUUUAGGUCGUCAACCAAACCAUUCCUCAAAAUCUUUUAAACAUGGAGUGAAAAAGGGUUCCGAAGGAUUGAAAUCAAUUGGGCGAUCUCUUCGAUUUGGUGUUUCCAGAGCAGUUUUCCCUGAAGAUCUUAAGGUGUCAGAGAAGAAGAUAUUUGAUCCCCAAUAUAAAUUUCUUGUCAUGUGGAAUAGGUUAUUUGUUGUAUCAUGCAUCCUUGCUGUGUCAGUGGAUCCCUUGUUUUUCUAUCUUCCUGUUUAUGAUGAUAAUGCACGCUGCCUUGGAAUUGAUCACAAGUUAGCAAUUGCAUCUACCACUAUACGGACAAUCAUUGAUGCCUUUUAUCUUAUCCGAGUGGCUCUUCAAUUUCGCACUGCCUAUAUUGCUCCAUCCUCUCGGGUUUUUGGCAGAGGUGAACUUGUGAUUGAUCCUGCACAGAUAGCUAAGCGGUACAUGAGAUCUCAAUUCAUCAUCGACUUUCUUGCACUGCUGCCACUUCCCCAGAUUGUGAUUUGGAGAUUCCUUCAUAAUUCAAAUGGUUCGGAUGUGUUGGCUACCAAAAAUGCCUUGCUUUUUAUUGUGUUGUUACAGUAUAUUCCAAGAUUUUUCCGGCUUUUCCCAUUGACAUCAGAAUUGAAAAGGACUUCUGGUGUCUUUGCUGAAACUGCUUGGGCUGGAGCUGCAUACUAUCUGCUUUGGUAUAUUCUUAUAAGCCAUAUGGUCGGUGCUUUCUGGUACCUGUUAGCCGUAGAACGCAAAGAUGACUGCUGGCAUUCAGCUUGCCACAGUAAUAAUUCUAUUUGUCAGCCAGACUACUUGUAUUGCGGGAAUUCAGGUCUACAAGGUUAUGAUAACUGGAACAAGUCCAGUGAAACUGUCCUUCAGACAAACUGUGCAGCAGAUGGUGACAACCCACCAUUUAACUAUGGUAUCUACAGCAAUGCACUUAAGUCUGGGAUUGUUUCAUCUAAGAAGUUUAUUUCCAAAUAUUGCUACAGUAUGUGGUGGGGUUUACAGAAUUUAAGCACUCUUGGGCAAGGACUCCAAACAAGCACAUAUCCGGGAGAGGUGAUAUUUUCUAUAGCGCUUGCUAUUCUUGGACUUGUCCUAUUUGCCCUCCUCAUUGGCAAUAUGCAGACUUAUCUUCAAUCACUGACAAUACGACUUGAAGAGAUGAGAAUCAAAAGACGUGACUCAGAACAGUGGAUGCAUCAUCGACUGUUGCCGCAAGAUCUCAGAGAACGUGUUAGAAGAUAUGAUCAAUACAAAUGGUUGGAGACACGGGGAGUUGACGAAGAAAACCUGGUCCAAAGCCUUCCAAAGGACCUUAAGCGGGAUAUUAAACGGCAUCUCUGUCUAGCUCUAGUGAAAAGGGUUCCGUUAUUUGAAGACAUGGAUGAGCGGUUGCUUGAUGCCAUUUGUGAACGCCUGAAACCAACUUUGUACACUGAAAACACAUACAUUGUCAGGGAAGGUGAUCCCGUUGAUGAAAUGCUUUUCAUUAUACGAGGCCGUUUAGAGAGUGUGACCACCGAUGGCGGAAGGAGUGGAUUCUUCAACAGGGGUAUAUUGAAAGAAGGUGAUUUCUGUGGUGAUGAGCUGUUGACUUGGGCACUGGAUCCGAAAUCUGGAGCAAACCUCCCAUCUUCAACCAGGACAGUGAAAGCUCUAACAGAAGUAGAAGCCUUCGCAUUGAUAGCUGAUGAACUGAAGUUUGUCGCCGGUCAAUUCAGGCGGCUCCACAGCAGACAAGUACAGCACACAUUCCGCUUCUACUCGCAGCACUGGAGGACUUGGGCGGCCUGCUUCAUCCAAGCUGCAUGGCGUCGCUACACAAAGAGAAAGAUUGCAGAGCUUCGACGCAAGGAAGAAGAGGCAGCGCUUGGUGAUACUGCAGCCGGAGUUUCAUCUAGCCUCGGCACAACUAUCUUUGUGUCUAGAUUUGCUGCCAAUGCUCUUCGAGGAGUUCACAAACUCCGGAAUACAAAGAGUGCCAUUGAGCUUGUGAAACUGCAGAAGCCUCCUGAGCCUGAUUUCUCAGCUGAUGCUGAUUGACACAUACAGCAUUGUGCUGGUUGAUGUUAACAUGAGUUGUGCUGUUUUAUUUUCCAUUAGUCGUUGUUGCUGUUGUACAAAAUGCACUCAUCUUUUGAAUUGUUUUCUUUUUCUUUUUUUCCUUAUCCAUUUUUAGAAAAAAAGAAAAUGUGACUUGAAACAAUAUAAAUUAUGUGCAACAAUGUAUUAUAUGUAAGUAUGUUCUC